CCGCCAAGCCUAACUAUUUUAAUGCCGGGACCUUAAGUUCUUCCUUCGUUCUCUCUCUCUCACUUGCUCGCUGCACCGCACAGACGCUCGAUAAAAUCUCUUCUUUCGCGCGCACAACAGAAGAUGAAAACGCGAUAUACGGUGCCGUUCUUCCUCCUUUUGUCUCUGAUUUUGUUAACGCUGGAAGCGAAAACCGUUGACCCUUACAAGGUUCUUGGAGUGGAGAAAAACGCAAGUCAACGAGAAAUACAAAAAGCUUUCCACAAGCUCUCUCUUCAGUAUCACCCUGACAAGAAUAAAAAUAAGGGCGCUCAAGAAAAGUUUGCGGAGAUCAAUAAUGCAUAUGAGAUUCUAUCUGAUGAAGAGAAACGGAAAAAUUAUGAUCUAUAUGGAGAUGAGAAGGGCAAUCCUGGAUUUAAUGCUGGCUAUCCUGGGGACCAGGGUGGGUAUACUUAUUUCACAAAUGGUGGACAGGGGCAAAAUAGUUAUACCUUCAGACCAGGUGACUGGCAGGAUAUGGGGGAACAAGGAAAUUCCCGGUCGUUUUCAUUUUCCUUUGGUGGUCCCAGUUCUCAGAGUUCAUUUGGUUUUGGCCUGAAUGAUAUUUUUUCCAAUUUUUUUGGGGGUGAUCUUGGUGGCGGGCAGUUUGGUGGUUUUGGUGGUUCAACCAGGUCUCAAUCUAGGUCUCAAACUGGUUCUCGAAGUACUCCCAAGAGCAUCAAAGCCAUAAAUUCUCAAGCCUUCAAUAAUGAAAUUGCUGACCAAGGAAUGACUUGGCUUUUAUUAUCUUAUACUUCCUCUUUGAAGGGGAGCCAAUUUUAUGAAUCAAUCAUACAGGAGGUCGCUGAUUCAUUAAAAGGAGCUUUAAAGGUUGGGAGCAUAAAUUGUGAAACUGAAAUGUCCUUUUGUAAGGAACUUGGGACUCAACCACGACGAGUGCCUAGGGUAUUUGUUUAUUCAAACAAAGCAAGCGAUAAGGGUUCUUUGGUGGAGUACAAUGGUGAUUUGGUCGCAAAAACUUUAAAAUCUUUUUGCCAAGACCAUUUACCAAGGUUUUCAAAGCGGAUUGACCUGAAACAUCUUCAGUCUUAUUCUGGUGAGGAGGAAAAAUUACCCAGAGUUGUGCUUCUUUCCACCAAAAAAGAUACACCCGUGAUCUGGCGUGCGCUUAGUGGUUUGUUUCAUAAACGCUUCAUUUUCAAUGACGUGGAGGUUCGCGAUGUUACUGACCCAAUGACAAAGAAGUUAGGAGUUGAUGCGCUUCCAGCUAUUGUUGGUUGGUUAUCAAACGGGGAGAAGCAUGUCUUAAAGUCGGGGAUUUCUGUGAAAGAUUUGAAAUCUGCUGUUCAUGAUCUUAGUACCUUACUUGAAGGGUUUGAAAAAAAGAACAAGAAAGCAGCAGCGAGUAAGGAUAGAAAAGCCCAGGCUGAUUCUGGUGGGAAACAUGUAUCUUUACUGACAGGAUCAAAUUUUGAUGCUCUAUGCGGGGGAAAAACCCCUGUUUGCAUCAUAGGUGGUUUCAGAUCUUUGAAAGUAAAGGAGAAGCUGGAAGACAUCCUGUCCAUGGUCUCUCAAAAAUCAUUAUCAAGGCGACGGAAUGCAGCUUCUGUCUCUGGGCAUUCUAUUUCUUACACUCUUUUAGAUGUUGCCAAGCAGCCAUCAUUCUUGAACGCAUUUGACAAAUCUGGAUACAAAUCGUCAGAUAAGUUAUUGUUAGCCUAUAAACCUCGGACGCAGAAGUUUGCAGCAUUUAAAGGUGAAAUGACUGCAGAAGAGGUGGAAAAAUUUAUCAGUUCUGUUGUUAAUGGGGACGUGCAGUUUACCAAGACAAGACAGAAGCCUGUCCUCAAAUGAAAGAGCUGCUAGUAACCAGUAUUACUUAGAUUUGUGAAGUUUACGUAGAGUUAGAAUCAUCAAAUGCAUGAUCUUGCUAUAUAGUAGAUAUACAUAUAAGAACUGGUCCUUUUCCCCCAGGUACCAUCUCUCGUGGUGUCACAAUAUCAAGAUAUUACAUAUUAGUAGCAGGGAAGUUCUUGCCCUUGGGAAGAGAUUUUGUCAAAACAUAUUGGAGCCCAAACUCACAGUUGUCAGGAGACUGUAAUUUAUUUAUUUAUUUAUUUUUGUCA